UAAUUGAAGGAUGCAAAGUGUUAUUAUUUGAAUAUAAAGGUGCAAAGUGAUAAAGUCUAUAAUUCAAGGGUGCAAAUCAAAACAAUUGUAAUUGAAGGAUGCGAAGUGUUAUUAUUUCAAUUUAAAGGUGCAAAAUGAUAAAGUCUAUAAUGCAAGGGUGCAAAGUGCAAAUUACCCGAACAAAAUAAGUACAAAUGUAAAAUGGUAUUUCCCCCAAAUAUCAGUUGGUGAGAGGAUCUGAUUCGAAUCUUCGAAGAACAAAAAAAACCCUAAUUCGAUGAAAUUCAAACCUCCACCAAAGCGGAAGAAACUCGAUUCCGCACCUUCUUCCAGCCCUUCUUAUUACACACACGGCGUCGUACCAGCCGAGAAGAGAGAAGUGAAUUUGACCCAUGUGAGGAAAUCAAUGGCUGUCGAAAUUCAACCGAGUAAUGUCGAUCUAAAGAUUCAACAGGCAAAGUGCUUUGCAGUGGCUCAAGCACAGCAGGAUUGUUGCACAGGCAAUUUUAAAAUAUUCGACUCGCCGUUUGGGAAUUAUCUCGUCCCCGUUAUUCCAACCCGUGCAGAACUCGGUGGAUGACUCUCUGCUUGUUUUCUUUUCGAUAUGCUUGAGAAGAAAACAAAAAAAAAAGUGCAAUCUAAACUUCAAAUUUUCAAUCUUGUUUUAGUGUGACAACCAUUUCUGUGUUUGAUUGACUAACAUCCUGAAAUAUUAUUACA